UUGGCAUACAUGCACGCCAUUGUACUCCAAGGUUGUCAGCGCUUUUCCGGCUAUUAAAAAAGGCAUUGACCCGGUUUCUGGUGGGUUAAACCUCAGCACUCACAUUGUGUCCUGUAUCCCCGAGCUGGAAUGCGAACUAUGUGGAAGCCAUGCCCGACACCCGGCAAAAGGGUCGGCGGAUCACAAUCUGAAGCAAGGAACCAUAACUCGAAACGGGUUUCCAUUGGUGACAUUGCCAGACGAUCUGAUCUCGCCCUAACCCCGAAAUCAGCAUCUCUGAAACCCUUGUUCAUAUUUUCAACUCGACAGCAAUGAAGGCCGGGAAGCGCAUGAAGGGUGUUGUCAUCAGCAAGCCGAUUAUGUAUGGCAACAUAGCAACCGAGCUGCUGACGAAGAAGACCGACCACACGCACAAAUGGACCGUAUUCCUGCGCGGACCCAACAACCAAGACAUCUCGUAUUUUAUCCACAAAGUCGAAUUCAAACUACACGACACGUUCGUGAAUAACAACCGUGUCUUCAAAUCCCCGCCCUACGAGGUGACUGAGACGGGCUGGGGCGAAUUCGAAAUCAUCACAAAGAUAUUCUUCCCGCCGGCAUCGGGCGAAAAGCCUAUUUCCCUAUACCACAUGCUGAAGCUGUACCCGCCGGAGUCGCAGGUGCAGUCGUGGCCGAAGGGGAAGCCGGUCAAUAACUUUUUUUACGACGAGCUCAUUUUCAGCGAGCCGACAGAGGAGUUCUUUGAGAUGCUGACCAAAGGCGCCAGCGGGCCGGAGAUCCCGCUCAAGGCAUCGGGGCAGCAGAUCUUCAGUCUCGGGUCGGAAGCCGCAGAGUGCAAGAGGCUGGAGUCGGCUGUUGCGCAGGUCACAAGCCAGUACAACGACUACAAGGACCGGUCGAAAACGGCCGAAGUCGAAAUCGCCAAACUGCGCCAGGAAAUCGCUGCGCUCGAGCAAGCCCGCUAGCAAGCCCGACACGCACCUUUUUCUUAUUUAAAACGAACUUGUUUUCAUAGGAUAUUGAAGAUAGCAUACGCAGCUGUCUUUUUGAUUUGACCUGUAUUCUUGGGCUACAUUUGGCGGAAGCGGGAUAUAUACUAGCGGCAGCGGUAGCACUGUGGUGCUUUAGUAGCAUGCACAUUUAUGCAGCUGCAAAAUUGCAUCCCAUUUACAGUUGCAUUUCCUGCUGGGGUUGUGUACAAGCAUUUCCAAGGCGUGCGCCCACACUAUGAACACUUAUUGAAUGGUGCCACGAAGUUCGCCCAGCGACCAUGAUAUAACUAUGUA